GAAAUAGAAAGAGCGAAAGAGAGAGAGAGAGAGAGAAAGAAAGAAAGAGCGAGAGAGAGAGAGAGUGAGAAGGAGAAAGAUUCAGUGAAAAACCAGUGCCGGGUACGGUGAUAGGAUUGCGCCGACAGAGGAGAAGAUUAAGGGAUCGUCGCAUUAUCAGCAGCCGUGGUACCGAGGCUUUCAUGAUUCUUGUUUGACGAGCAGACAGCAGUCUGCCAUCCCGGCUCCGGUGAGCUCUAUGACCAUGCUCCAGUCGCAGAAGCUGUACGGCGACGCUGGUAGCCUCGGCGGGGCGAUGACCAGCGCCGCGAUGUCCCAUAUGGGCAGCAUGGCGCCGACGUACAGCUCGGUCGGCUGCAUGCCGAUGGGUAUGUCGAUGGGCGUCGGGGUCGGGCCGAGCUGCAGCCCGCAGGGUGCCGGCGGCUUCAACAUGAGCUCCGUCAGCUCGGCCAUGGGGAUGGCCUCGAUGGGUGGCGGUAGCAUGAGCGGGUACGGAGCGACGUCGAUGGGCAGCAGCGGCGCGUGCAUGGGUGCCGUCGCGUACGGCCCUUUGACACCGGCCAGCAACGCGGUGGUCAGCAGGGACCCGUUGUCGCUGACCGAGCCGGACUCGCCGAACUCUACUUUACAACGCGCCAGAACCGACAAGUCUUACCGUAGAGCGUACACGCACGCGAAACCACCGUACUCCUACAUCAGCCUGAUCACCAUGGCGAUACAGAACGCGCCGUCGAAGAUGCUCACGCUGUCCGAGAUCUAUCAGUUCAUCAUGGACCUGUUCCCAUUCUACAGACAGAACCAGCAACGCUGGCAGAACUCCAUCAGGCACUCGUUAAGUUUCAACGACUGCUUCGUGAAAGUUCCCCGCACGCCGGACAAGCCCGGGAAAGGCUCGUUCUGGACGUUGCACCCGGAGAGCGGGAACAUGUUCGAGAACGGUUGCUAUCUGCGCCGGCAGAAAAGGUUCAAGGACGAGAAGAAGGAGCUGACGAGGCAGACCAACAAGCACCAGCAACACCAGCAACAUCACAUCGGCAUCACAACCGCGGUGACCACCGCGGAGCACAGCAGCCCGCCGGUCCGAGCGCCAGCGGCUGGCAGAACACCGACGUCCCUGCACCACGGGAAUCAGCAGCAGGAGGACAAGGACCAGCACUCGUUGGUGUCCUCGCAUCAUCAUCAUCACGCCGCGAGCCUUCACCAGCAUCACGCCGGCCUGAAAAGCGACACGACGGACAUGGGCGGCCUCCUCGGGACGGACCUGGGCGUAGCGCACGACGAGCUUACCGCCAUGGUCAGCAGAAGUCUCCAUCCCCAUCUGAUCCCCGACACCUCCGCUCUGCAUCACGGGAUGACCGGUAGCCUGAAGCAGGAGCCACCUUACACCGCUGCCAGCCAUCCGUUCAGCAUCACCAGGUUACUACCCGGCGCCACGGCCGGCACAUCCCCCGGCGCGCAGGACACCAAGCCGCCCGAGAUGAAGAUGUACGAGCAGCUUCACCAGAGUUACGCGAACUUCGGCUCCUCGCAUCAUCCGCACGCACACUCCGCGCCGCCCAGCCAUCACCAUCACAACGGUAUGCACACGGGCUCGAACGCUGCCGGGCCCAUGCACAACAUGACCAACCAUCAUCAUCAGGAGUAUUAUCAGAGCCCGCUCUAUCAUCACGCGACCAGCGUGGCGAGCAGUAGCGCGCCUCCGCCGCCCACCGUCGCCAGCGCCGCUCCAGGAUUGUGACACCACGCUACCCACCCUUAUGCCUUGGCCUGAGCCGCUGCUGCUGCGGCCUAUGCCGCCAACGCGACCAUCGUACCGUCGACCACGGCCAACCUUGCUCACCACCACCAUUACCGUCAUCACCAGCAUCCGUCGUCGUCGUCGUCGUCCUCGGCCUCCUCGCCGUCGUCGUCGUUGCUCUCCUGCCCGCCGACCACGCAAUCGUCCGUCGCGCACGACACCCCGGCCUCCGUCAGGCCCGUCGUCGGCCAACGACGCCGGCGUCGCUGCGACGAGAACCCCGCGGAGCCGUCCUGCCGUCACAUCAACGAGGACGAUUACGACGACGAAGAGGAGGACGACGAGGAGGAGGAGGACAUCGUGUGAAGCCGGGAACGACGACGCGGCGCACGGACUCCGUCGAGGUACGAGUAUGGUUCGCCUAACCACGGCGAACGUCUCGCGAGUGUCGAGUUUCGUUUGUUGGCCGAGCAUCGACGUGUUAUUCGAGUUGGCUGCCCAGGGCGUCGCGGCGCUAGCCAGCCGUAUACGCGUAGGUAUAGUAUUGUACGAUAGUAAUGGAUCCACCGGGAUGUUCACGCGAGUUCACGGUUUCGUGUGUAAUAAUUACUUUCGGACCACCGUGUCGUGCAUGCGGCGGAAACGUGCGACAACACGAAUGUCAGGAAAUCUCCGGCGAGACUUCCCGAACUAUCUCGUUACGGUGUCAAGGAUUCGGAAUAUCCAGGGAUCGAAGGAGGAUUUCUCUGUUAGUUCUUUUUGCAAUACUUGCUUUCGAAAGUAUUCUGUUCUCGUAUAAGUACAGAAGAAGUUCUCUUUCUAUAAUGAGAAUGUUGUUCGUCGAUGAAUAAUAUUUCAAGAAUAUUACAUUGUUGCUACGGUUCAUUUUAACCUUUUAGGCACGACGCGCCACUAUAGUGGCUUACUCUAGUAGCUCACUCGAUCAUCGUUUGAAUCAAAUAAUCGUCUUCGCGUGCAUUGUUUCACAUUUCUGUUGUCUUCACACCGAUUUACGAUAUACAGACUUAUCUUAACAAUAUAACUGUUAACAAUAUAACUGUAUUGCCUCGCGCAGAAUUCAGCCGUACCUAAAAGGUUAAAUUAUGAACGUGCUACUUAUUUGUAUUAUUUUCUCUAAAUAGCUCGGUUUCAUAGAGCUUUUGUCGAACAGAUUCCAAAGUAUUUGUUCCACGAGAACACUUUUGAAAAAAUCCUCCAAGGCUAACAUCUUUCUCAUCAUAAAAAUUCGAAUAUUUUCUUAAACCUUCGCACUCGAGUGGCGACUCGGAAAAUAUUGCUAAAAAUUGCCACGCUAAUUCCAAAAGAAUCUUCACGCUAUCAAAUCCGUCUUCGUUCGAUAAAUCGUCGAACAACAGAAGUCUUAGAAGCACACGUGUUCAAUUUCAGACGCGUCAAAUAAAAACGCGAUCGCGUAUGAAAUGGAAAUGCUGUAGGUUGAAACGAAUAUCUUCAUUUCGCAGUAAAAACAGUCUCGAGUGCGGAAGGUUGAAUGCAGAAUUUUUUAAUCGCGUAUUCACUUCGAUCCCUGGCGGACACCCUCGUCCUUCGCAUCUCGGGACGAAGUUUGUCGAAGUUCGUCGAAUACAGAAAUAUUUCUAGGAGUCUGAAUCGUUAUUUAUAAAUUCUCGCUAGAAAAUAGAUUCUUGUUCGAAACGACAGGCAGAAAAAUGAUCGAGCACGAGGACCGUCUCAAUUUUAGCGCGGUAUUUCGAGAACCUCGCCGCGAGUCCUGACGUCGCCAGAUACUUCCGGGACCUAACUCGAUCCGUCGCGAGCAGCCGCCGAGAUUUCGGGAUGUUCGCGCACCCCGCCACGCGAAAUCCAUUUUUGAAUUCUUCGUUGCCCGAAGAAUAUUGUCCACCUUGUUUAUGCGAACGCGUGAGCAUCGGCUGUCCGGCUAGCGGAGUUACGUACUCGCGGCGAUGUAUCGUCGUCUGAGACGCAGCCGUGAGUCGGGGACGCGUAGUAGCGCUCGGAGACCGCUCGAAGAAGCAAGUUACGUCUUGCUUCCUGAAAUUUCGAGUAGCCCGAAUCUCGAAGUAUCCUGUAUCCACGUUUUCGCUUGCUUUCCAUUGAAAGAAUCGUCCGCGAACGAGAGCGUUCCAUGCCGUUCUCUUCUUUCCGGCAGCGCCGAAGUUUCGACAUCGAAGCAGCGGCUGGCUUGAAAGCCUGCCGGAAACAGCCCUCGAAAGCCUGGUCUCGAACAUUCGAAAAAUUGCAAAUUUGCGGGAGCACGUUAGUGAAAAUUCGUAGUAAUAUUUUAACCUUUCCGUUAUAUAUAAUCGAGGAGAGUCGCGCGAAAUCGGAGGCUGUGACGCAAGACCCGAGGCGAUCUAUUUCAGGGCUGCCGGCUUCGAGCGACUCGCUUCUGGCGCCGUGUAGCCUCUUUGAUAGCGUCGCGAGGCAAGGCGCGGUUUGAACAUGAAAAAAGUAAAGGUAAUCGGCACGAUCGAGCGCCGGCUUAAGUGUCUGACUCACGGUCGCGCGCAGAUACGAGCGCGAAUCUAGAGGGAGAGGAAACGAGGAAUGUCGGCUGGAGACGCGUGGCGAUCGACUGACGACGACGACGUAGAUGACGACGACGUAGAUGACGACGACGACGAUGUUCUCCAGGUUUCUCGGACUCGCGGCGCGUAGCGACGAUUUCCCCGACGCGCGUCAGUUUUCUGUGAUACGCGACAACGAUGCACGAGGCGAUUCUGAGUAGACUCGCGGACUCAACCCGGCGGAGUCCGCCCUCGUUUUCCGUUUUCGUUUCGGUUCCCGUCCCGUUCCAUUCUGUUCUGUUCUUCGUUUCGAUCUCGUCGUUUUCUCCUCGCGAUUUCCAUCCUGCGACGGGGAUGGAAGUCGGCCGGAUCUAGGACGGGAAACUUCGGGAUGCGAGCACGCGAUCUUCUUCCAGUUUUUCUCUCGAGUCUCCGACCGGUGCGCCUCUUUCUUUUUUCUUCCCGGGCCGCGAGGAUGAGCUCGUUAGGGGAGAAUCGUGUCGGAAGUUGGAUAUUUCGGCCGCUGAUGGAGUUUGAAUAGGAUCGACCUGUAUCGAGAGCGUCGAUCUCUUUUCGAGCGGAAUUUUCUUCCUUUUUCUCGGUCUUCGAGAGAUCGUUAACGCCCCGAGGAACCGGGAGCCAUUCGCCAAGUCGGAGAGCAGCGAGGAUUUCAAAAGAGAAAUUCGCAGUGUGCAUUGAUCGCGAUAGCUCGUUUAGAGACCGGGCUAAUUAUCGGGACCCGGAAGACGUUCUUCUCUGUUUAAUCGCUUUCUUAAGACGAUCGUAAUUCGGCGGUUGACUCGGUGCUGCGAUGUUUAAAGAGAGCUCGAGGUUGAGAUAUUUCCGAGUCGGAGAAUUUGUGUCGCAAGAGGAAUUCUUAUUUGAUAUAUCCCGCCUUUUGAGGUGCACUUUUAGCUGAAAUAUUUGAUUUUAGGGGAAGAUAUUUAUCAAAAUCGGUCUCUAAUCGAUACAAGCUAUGUUUAUGGACAUUUUUGGACAUAUUUGUGUUAUUUAAAGUAACUUUGACAACUAUUAUUUUUAGAUAUGACUUCUAUCGUUUUAUACACGUUUCGAGGAAGCUUUCACCGAGACUUUGAUCAGUUCUGAUUGUAUUGGGUUGUCCGGAAAGUUCGUGCCGAUUUUUUAGGAAAAUUAAAACGCAGCUCAUUUCAAUAUUGGU